UGUUCAGAAGAGGCAGCCUGUACAACUCAGUGGUGUCUAUCCUUCAGAGAGACUCAGGGACCUAAGAUGGACUCAUCAGACAGAAAGGAAUCCAACGGUGUUAUGGAGGAGUUGUCUGAGGCCUUGAAAGAAGCAACAAAGGAGGUCCAUAAGCAAGCAGAAGACACAGAGUUCAUGAGAAAUUUUCAGAAAGGACAAGUCACAUUACAUGAAUUCAAGCUUGUCAUGUCGUCCUUAUACUUUGUGUAUGAAGCCCUGGAGGAAGAGAUUGAACGCAACAAAGAAAAUCCAGUAUUUUCUCCACUAUAUUUCCCCCUGGAACUCCAUCGCAAAAAAGCUUUGGAAGAAGAUCUUGAAUAUUUCUAUGGACCACAGUGGCGAAAACAGAUCAGUUUCCCACAGUCAACAAAAAAUUAUGUAGAGAGACUUCAUCAUGUCGGUCGUAAGGAACCAGACGUGCUGGUGGCCCAUGCAUACACCAGAUACCUAGGAGAUCUUUCAGGUGGCCAGGUUCUCAAAAAGAUUGCUCAGAAAGCACUUCAGCUACCAGCCACUGGGGAAGGACUGGCCUUUUUCACAUUUGACCAUGUUACCAAUGCAACAAAGUUCAAACAGCUAUAUCGCUCCAGAAUGAACUCUCUAGAUGUUGGCAUUGCUUCAAAAAAGAGGAUCUUAGAAGAAGCAAAGACAGCAUUUCUGCUUAAUGUAAAGGUGUUUGAAGAAUUACAAACAUUAUCAACAAUACAGAAUGACCAUAUAACAGAUGAACCUUCAACAUUAAGAAGCAGAGUGCCCAAAACAAAUAAAGCAGAAGAGCCCAGCUACAGGAGCCAUACCUCUGAGCAGACAGCAUUGUUCAGUCAGUUUCCUAGAUGGGUUGCCAUUGGUGGAUGCGUUCUCUUGGCCAUCAUGGGACUUUACAUUUUGUAAAAAAUGUUAUAAUGAACUGUUAAACUAUAGGCAUCUCUGAAAGGUAGCCACUGCUGAGUCUACAUAGAAGACAAACUUUGAGAUGGUUUGCGUUAUGACUGUUACACCAAAAUACACAAAAUCAUCUUCUUUGAUUGCUCUGCCUAAACAAAAAUCUGUCAUAUGCGCUGACAUCGCUC